AUGCUAUUCAUGUUAUGGGUCUGGUUCGAAGGCAGAAAAAAAUAUCAAACUCAGUUGAAUACAAAACGAGAAGCAUACACACAUUGGUAUGAAAAUUGUGUAGCUAUGAAAUGUUUCUUACGAUUUCUUCUUGUUACGCUGUUCUUUUGCAACAACUUACACAAACUUAAAAGACGAGAGCAGCACCACAUAUUUUACCUGCGUGAUUUACGAUCAAAUAAAGCAAAACAAGAUUCUAAACAUUGA